AUGUUAACUGAAGGUUCAAUAUAUACUACUCAAAGCAAAGAAUUUCAAGAGGUUCAUUUAAAGUAUCACCUGGUAUUAAGUCCUGAUGGACGAUUGGCUGCCUCUUUUAAUACUGAAAAUCACGAAUUGAUAAUAUACGAGACGGAAAUUCAAAAUAUAGGAACGGAAAUUUUUAAUAAAUCAACACCAAUCAAAUAUAAUGAUUACGCAAAGUUGGAUUUACCUUCC